AUGCCGGGUGAAAUGAAUACAGAUAUGACAACCGGAAAGAUUACACGAUAUAGUGUGCAUGGAAACGGUAGAGCACCAGUAACCAAGGGACAUCAAAAGGAAGGCUACGGGUUGUCAUGGAACGCUUCAAUACAUGGACACCUACUUUCUGCCUCCGAUGAUCAGACCAUUUGUUUAUGGGAUAUCAACGCAGCUCCCCUAGAUGGUCGUUGUUUGGAUGCGAUGGCCAUUUUCACGGGACAUCAUUCAGUGGUGGAAGAUGUUGCCUGGCAUCUGUUUCACGGUCACAUCUUUGGUUCCGUGGCUGAUGACAAUAAACUCAUGGUUUGGGACACACGUAGCAAUAAUCGGAACAAGCCACAGCAUCAAGUGGAUGCGCACACUGCAGAAGUCAACUGUCUAGCGUUCAAUCCUUUCUCGGAAUUUAUCAUUGCUACGGGUAGUGCUGAUAAGACAGUCGCUUUGUGGGAUCUGCGAAACCUUCGACUGAAGUUGCACUCAUUCGAAUCGCAUCGCGAUGAAAUUUUCCAGGUUCAAUGGUCACCGCACAACGAGACCAUUUUGGCCAGUUCCGGCACUGAUCGUCGGUUACACGUCUGGGAUCUGAGUAAAAUCGGUGUCGAUCAGACUGCGGAAGACGCAGAAGAUGGUCCACCUGAGUUGCUCUUCAUCCAUGCAGGACAUACAGCCAAGAUUUCCGACUUCUCGUGGAACGCAAACGACCCCUGGACAAUUUGUUCUGUGUCCGAGGAUAAUAUAUUACAGAUUUGGCAAAUGGUAUGUCCAUGUCUUGAUAGACUACGAUGUUUGUGCAUUCUGCGUUUAGUACUACUCAGUGCUAGUCACCAUUUGGACGACAAUUUCACUAAUCGUUUGCGCACACUGGGGGAUUAA